CAGUUUUCCCCGAUCACUGCGAUAUUCCGCAAUUUACGUAUAAAUUACUGAAAAUACUACCGGAACUAUUAGUAUUUGUUCAAAGAAUGUCCAAGCCCGUCAGUAUUCGAGUUGUGUUUUUAUCGCUCGUCUUACAUCAGUUUACUAAUGCCUUAACAGCCGAUUGGUCAUACAACGAACAGGAUAAGUGGGAAGGCGCCUGUCAGAGGGGGAAAAGUCAGUCUCCAAUAGCUCUAAAGGAGAGGCGGAGCGUCCAAAGACCAACGCUUCCUUUAGAAUUCAGGAAUCUUGGCGUAAAUUGUGAUGCCCGCGUUACAAACAAUGGCCACACAGCGCGUGUGACAAUGCCGAAUAGCUCGCUAACCCUUGAAGGCGGUGGCCUAGCGUCAACGUUUCGAUUUAGCGACCUGCAUUUUCAUUGGCAGUCGGAACACACUUUAGAUAAUCGGAGAUACCCUUUGGAAGCCCAUUUUGUCUUUUUCGACGCCGUAUAUCCAAGCUUGGAAGAUGCUAUUCAGCAUCCCAACAGUGUUGCCGUAGUUGGCGUACUGUUCGACGUCUCGAAGGAUCACUACAUACGCGCUUUGGAGUUAAUAGCGAAGGCUGCAGCACAAGUUCAGAAAGCAGGAAUGUCAACUGAGAUCAAAAACCUGUCCCUCGCAAAACUCAUACCGCAGCAACACCAGAAAUUCCUUUAUUAUGACGGGUCGUUGACGACACCAGAAUGCAACGAAGUCGUCAGUUGGUUUGUAUUCCCCAAAAUCUUACAGAUUCGUUCUUCACAGUUGAAGAAACUUACUAGCAUUAAUGACGAGGACGGUCAACGGCUUAGUUACACGUAUCGCAAGUUACAGCGGCUCAACGGACGAACGGUAUUUCGAUCAUUUUGAGCACAUAUUUUUUUUCUGCGGCGUGUAAAAAUAUAUUUUGU